GGGCGGGGCCGCAGCAGAGGCGGUGGCGGAGGCGGAGGCGCUUUGAAAGACCGUCAUCUGUGGAUGCACAGCCCUUGUGCAGUCUUGGUGAAGCUGGGUCAGAGGUCCUGUCUUCUAUCAACAGCCAUCCCUCCAUUUUGAAGGCCUGAGCACCCGCUUCCCGUAUCUGGGGAAUGAGUUUCUCCAGAACGCCAGGUUGGUAAUCAUGAAUGUGACCACGGUGUUCACACCCCAAAGGAUCGUUUCUUCUCUCUCUCCAACUUUCAUCCCUGCCGGAUUUAGGGAGCAACAGCCCCUGUCACAGAUGCUAAGUGAGUGAUCUAGCUAUCCUGGAUGCCAGGCUGGCAGGACCCACUCUACGAGACUGUGAAGUUCUAUUGAACUAUGGUGUCAAAUGGGAGACAUUGGCUUGUCUCUUAAUACUUUACUUCAUCAUUUCCUUUUUUUCUGUCAUGUUGCCCUCUUUCCCAGCCAAUGGGAGGAUUACGAUAGAUUCACUCAGACCAAUGUGACAAAAAACCUAAGCAGAGUAAUGCAUGCAGCCCUCAAAUCCUUUAUUGCGCUGAUUUGGGUUCCAUGCCCCUAGUAAUUUCGUUAAGAUUGUGAGCUCCUUGGGAGCGGAGACUGCAUUUAUUUCUUCUAGUAGCAUCAUUGCUCCAGAAUAUGUGCUGGCAUUUUGAUAAAUGUUCAGUAACUAUUCUUUGGUUUGUAAUAUUUGUUCUCCAAACUACCAUAUAAAAGAAAAUACAAAAGUAGCAUAGUGUCUGCACUUCAAGUCAGAGAUAAGUAACUAUCAUCUACCCACAUUGUUGGUAGAGCAAGUAGGUGACUUCAAUGUGAGAUAUUUCUUGAGUAUGAAUUAACCUCAAAUUCUAAAAGAAAAUAUUCUUCUGAUGAGAGAUUCAAGUGGCAUUAACACAGUCUCUUCUUUUACCUGUAAAGUUCCUUUGGGAGAACACAGGCAAAUAUGAAUUAUCUUUAAGUCACAUCCUUUGGCAGACAUCAAAGUUAAUAUAAUGCAUCUUACAUGAUAACCAUGAAUCACAUGAUAGUAUUAACCUUCAUUCACUUAUUUGAUGCUUUCUGGUGGAGUCCUUGUUUUUCUCUUUGCCUGAAGGUAAGAUAUCUUGAUAAAAUUCUCUUCUGAAUUUUGUAAUUCAGCAUAAACAAAAUUCACACCCAUUUGCAUGUAUUCUUUUGCAGGUGAAUUCUAAACAUCAAGAUGUCUUACCCAUGAGCUUGACUUCAUUUUCUCAUUUUUCUUCCCUGGAUCACUCACCUUUUCCUCUGACAUUCUUCCCUCCCCGAAUAAUUUAGUGAAGCUAUACGUGAUUUAAAAAGAGAGCUAACAUUAAAAAAUGUCCCUUUUGCUAACUGUUUGUUUGCUUGUUUUACCUUAUUGAUAGAAAUGACAAAAACACAGAAGCCCUGGAAAAUGUGAAGUUUGCCAAAUGAAACUUAGUUUAAAUAAAAUACAUCUUCUAAAAAGGUCCAAGUCUUCAUUUUUCCAUAGAAAUUUUUGCUUUGGACCUAACGAAGAACUCCCUUAAAUUUUGUGGCUGAUGUCAUCAAUAAAAUGGAAGUCUGCAGCUUUCCAUCUCUUGAACUUUUUUUCUCUUGCCUAAUGGAUAAUUUUCAAAAAUUCUGACUUAACCCAUGUACACUUAUAUUCAGUUCCAUAGUUUUAGAAAAGCAUGUUUGUUAAUUCUUACCAUUUUGAUGAUUGCUUUCUGAAAUUAAAAUUUAGCAUGACUAAGAAAUAAAACAUUACUUUGACGUGUUAAUUUUCACUGUGUGUACACAUGAUAUUGCCAGCAGUCAUUGAGUGGCACUGGACGGGAUCAGGAGGCCUGGUUUCUAACCCUGCUCUGUCACUAGCAAGCUCUGUGAUCUUUGAAGUUUAAGUGAAAAUGGUACAUGUUAGAAGACACGAAACAAGGAAAAAUUCUAAAACUCAAUUACCUGAGCAAAAAUCUCGUGUUGAUUGGCGUCGAACUAGAAGAAGUAUCUCACAGUUAUUUGAUAGUGAUGAUGAGGAACUUGAGAGUGAUGAGGAACUUGAGAGUGAUGAGGAACUUGAACUUGAUAGUGAUGAAGAGCUUGAGAGUGGUGAAAGUAUUGACAGUGGUGAAGAGCUUGAUAGUAGCAAGAACCCUGGUAUUAAUGAAAUACCAGAAAAGGAAACAGAGCCUAAAUUAAUCAAGGUUGAAAGUGAGGGAAGCAGCAAUAAACCUCUUAUGAACACUAGUAAUAGUUCAACAGAUGAAGAAAAAGUGAACGAAACUGAACAUGACUUACCAGAUGAUGAAAAUUGUCCACCGGGUCAAGAGAAGGGUGAUGUCAACAAGCAUACCAAACAAACCACAGAGGAGGAUAUGGAAGAUGAAUGCAUCAGGCCUGGAAAAAGAAAGAGGCUGUCUUCUGUGAUGUAUGACAGUGACGAGAGUGAUGGCAGUGAUAUCCUAGUUAGAAAAGUAAGUGCUAAACGUCCACGCAGGGUGGUUGAAGAUGAGUGUUCUUCACUGGAAACGGAACAAGAAACCCCUGAAAAGUCAUUAGCUGCUCGGAAGCGAGAACACCACCAAAAGCUAAAGGAACUCUCAGAAAGAUCACGUCAGAGACAGAGACGCAAUAGUGGUAGACAUUUUGAGGACUCUGAAAAGGAAUCUUGUUCAAGUACUGAUGAAGAUGAGGAUAACUACAAAUAUGAUGAAAGUGAAGAUGAUUAUAUGAUUGAUGAUUUUGUAGUACAGGAUGAGGAAGGUGAUGAAGAGAAUAAAAAUCGACAAGGAGAAAAUUUGACUACAUCACAACUGAAAUUAGUAAAACAGAAUUCUCUUUAUUCUUUUAGUGACCACUAUACUCACUUUGAAACAGUUGUGAAGGCUCUUCUGAUCAACGCUUUCGAUGAAUCUUUUCUGGAAACCUUGUAUGCUGGCACCAGGAAGAAGUCGUAUGCACAAGAUAUGUUGACAUCUCUUCAUUAUUUGGACAAUCGCUUUAUUCAACCCCGCCUAGAGAGUUUAGUCUCUCGAAGUCGAUGGAAAGAACAAUAUAAGGAGCGAGUUGAGAGCUACUCUAAGUUAAGUAUCUCUUCGAAGAACCCUGAGGACUGCUCCUGCCAGGCUUGCGGGCUGCAUCGCCACUGUAAAUACUCAGUGCAUCUCUCAGGAAAGUUGUACAACACCAGGACAAUGGAAACAGAUGAUUUCAUGUCACAUGACAAGCAGGUGUUUAUUGUUGGCAGAAUUUGUGCUGAUCGUACCAGAAUUUAUCAUAAACUGAAACAUUUUAAAUUCAAACUAUACCAAGAAUGUUGCUCCAUUGCAAAAACAGAAGAAGAUGGAGAUGAACAGGUUAAAGAAACAGUAGGAAGAGUCUUCAGUCAGUCAAAAGAAAGUGGCUGGAUUAGAAAGAAAUAUGAUCAGCUGCAAGACUAUCUCAAUUCUGCAGAUUAUUUUCAAGAUGAGAAGUUUGAAUUAUAGCACGUUUCCUUCAGAGAAGAUUGUAUAAGUUUCUGUAAAUGUGAAGAUCAUGAGCUUUGUUUCUCUGUAUCAUGUAACAUUUGUUGUAUAUUCUGUGUGCAUCUUUAUUGCAAAAUAUCUUGCUUAUAUGCUCAUCAGAUGUUCAUGAAAUGCCACAGUGAAGUGUAAUAAAGCCUGCAUAGAUGUACAUGGAGAACAUCAGAUUUGUGAUUGAAAACUCCAUCAAUGUAUUUUAGUCAUAAAUGACCUGCAACAGAACGUUCUGUCAUAUCCUCCUGUCGGUUUAGUAGAAAUAGGCUGUAUUAAAAAUAAAUCUGGACUAACCUGCAGAUGGUUCAGUCAGUAUAGUACUUGCCUUACAAGCACAAGGACCUGAGUUCAAUCCUCAGAACCAUAUUUAAAAUAGAAUCCAGAUUGAUGGCAGGUACUUGUAAUCCCUGCACUGGGGAGGUAAAGACCAGGCAGAUCCCUGAGGCUUGUUGGUCAGGCAGCCAACCCACUCUCAUGCCAAUGAGAGACCCUGUCUCAAAAAGCAGCAUGGGGGGUGCUUGUAAAUGACACCCAAGACUAUCCUCUGAGCUGAACAUGCAUGCAAACAUGUAUGUGCAUGUGCCCACAUGUGUGCAACCACACACAGGCACCUUCACAUCUACACUCUAUAUGCAUGUGUAUAUUCAUACAUAGUGUGACUCAUGCCUCCCUAUGUACGAAUCGCUGUAUUGUUGCAUUCCUUAGCAGUAUAAAAUAAUAUUAAACACUCAGUAUUAAUGUCUAAUCAAUGUCUCCUCGAUCAGUGUGCCAUGGAAGAAGCCUCAGAUUGCCGCGCAUUUAUGAUGGUGACCUCUGAAUGAGACCAUAGCUUGUCGGCUGCUAAAGUCGCCCUUCUGAACAGAGUCUAAUCUUUCAAUCCUCACAUUCAGGAAGAACUUGUUGAUACAUCUUUUCCUUCGGUGCAAUGUUCUUUCUUGUUUCUGUGCAGCUUUAUCUGUAAUAUAUCAAGGAUUGAGGUGUAUUUUGUGAUUUUUUUUAACCAUAACAUUCUCUAUGUAAAUAUAUACGUAUAUGUGCCAGUCUGAAGAUCUCAGAGACAGGUUCAGCCCAAAAACAAUUCAAAAACUUAUUUUUGUGCCUACAUUACUUUGCACAUCCUAAUUUUUCCAUAAUACAAUAAAGUGGGUUCAAAGUAA